AUGUCUGGUAAUGUUACUAUUGACAUUAACAACCGUCCUGGAGGUGGAGUCGAAAAAGACGAUAAAGGAUACUACUAUGAAAGUGAUGGUGGUGGAAUAGUUAAUCUGACGAGUGCCUGGUAUCCUGAGUUAGAAGGAACUUACAGGAAGUUAACACAUACUCCAAAAAAUGGGCAGAAGAUAAGUACGAUUAAUAAGGGAGGAACUCCUCAGGAGGGAUUUACUGACUUAAGUAGCUAUUCAAGUGUCUCAGUAUACUACUGGUCAGGGGACAAUGGUUUCAGCAAACCUCUUCUAAUUCAACUUGGAACAGGAGAUAAUGAAUGCUACACUACCACUAAUGGUAAUAAUUGGGGUAAGGACUCUGGCAUAACUAGUGGUAAUCUAAGGGAGAAACUUAACAAGCAAAACUGCGGAAAGAACAAGGCUCAUGUUGUGGAUUUAUCUCAAAAGAAGAAUAACCAUAAUUACCAAUGUCCAGGUUGUCAGAUUCAGAGAAUUAACGUAUUCUACUCCAGCAUCGCCAGUAUCAUUUCCUCUACACACUCCAUCGGUAGAUCUAUUUCAGUAACUAGUUUCAAGAAUUCUGACACUUGGCAACGUGGACUUCCAUCUCUAAAGGAUGUCAGCACCGUCAUGGUCUACUGGAAUGGCUAUGGUAAUACUCCUCUUAUAAUUGCUCAACAAGCUGGUAAGCAGAGAUUUUUCAGAAAGAAUAAAGACUAUGUAAAUUCCUGGAUUGAAGUCUCUACCGGUCAAAAUGAUCUUCCUGAUGGAGAAACUCCUACUCUUGCUACUCUUGAUUUAUCUAGGCCUGCUGGAACAUACAAUGAUGGAGUUGGUAAUAUAAAUGUAACAGUACGAAAUGGUUCCAUCGGCGAUGGUUACUGGAGAUACCAGUAUUCUCUAUGCGGUGGGUUGUUUAAGGUGACCCAAGUUAGUCAUAAUAAUGCUCUGCUUACUGGUGUAUCCUCUCAGGACCCUCUUUACAGCAUCUCUGCGUAUUACUACGCAGACAUUUUAGACCUUGAAAAGCUUCUCCUGAUUGAACUGAGGUCAAGUGGGAGUUCCAAAUAUACAUACGUGUACUUUCACAGAUCAUCUAAAGCUGCAGAUGAAUGGUCAAACUACCCUGAGUCUGGAGGAGAAACUACUAGGCUACAGGGAAAUGAUCUUACCCAAAAGCUUAAGAAGGAACAAUUACCAGAUACACGGACUAAUCCUUCUUCAACAUCUGAAUUUAAAGAUCAUGAUUCCAUCUCUAAUAAGUCUACAUCACCAAUUGGUCCGGCAAUUGGAGGAACUGUAUCUGUACUGGUAGCUCUUGUGGCUAUGGUCUUGUUGGUAAAGUUUUGGCCAAAGAUAAGGACGAGAUUCGUUGGAAUAUGGAAUGGUUUUGGUAUUCAUAAAAAAAGGAAGAAUUGA